AUGAUGAAGACAGGCGGAUGCCAUUGCGGCUCGGUACGCUACACGGUGACGGGUCCGUUGCGUGACGUGAUCUAUUGCCAUUGCACGCAAUGCCGCAAGCAGACCGGGCAUUUCGUUGCCGCCACGCGCGUCGCCGACGACGCGCUCGAGAUCAACGGCGCCGGUGAUCUGACCUGGUAUGCGGCCUCGCCCGGUGCGAAGCGCGGCUUUUGCCGACAUUGCGGCUCGCUGCUGUUCUGGAAAAGGGACGGGUCGGGCAUGACAUCGAUCAUGGCCGGCAGCAUGGAUCUGCCGACCGGUUUGACUGCGAGCCACCACAUCUUUGCGGCCGACAAGGGCGACUAUUACGAACUCGCCGACGGGCUUCCGGUGUUCGAAGGCCGCGAUUGA